GCACGAGAUUGUCGUCUCGGGACUCAGAACCAACGUCACUUCGAAGAACAUCCUGGCGACAGUCUUGGAAAUCCUUUAACGUGUGCAGCUUAGCUGCUGGAUUUUACAGCUGGACCAUCUCUAGUCCCUUGUUGGUCAUUUUUCUUUUCGUGUUAUUUUUGUUGUUUUGCUUGUUACAAUGGGAUGGAGACGGAGACUCCAGAGUGCUCGGGCCCAAUUGGAGGUCUGUUCAUACCCAUGUGCCAUAGACAACGACAGUCUCUACAGCUUUUCCUUCCAUUAACACUUGUAGCUAUACUUCUGCUAUACGUACAUCGUGGAGAAGUAGCCCUAACAGCCCAGACUUCGCAACUUUUGCUACUUAUUUACUUGCAAGAUUUCGGACUCGUUAUGUUUAGGACUGCUCUCCAGGCAACUCUUCUGUCCCGAAGAAGGCUACCUACAGAGUAUUAGCAUAGACACUGUCUAGUGCAAAAUGCGUUGAUAGGAAGAGAGACACGUUCAUCUGCAGGUCAGCAGCUUGAAAUACCUUGUGGUCAUCUAUGAUCUCGCCGAUUUGUACAUGUGUUCUCGAACAUGAAGAUACGCAAUGUUUGCGUCUGCUUCGGCUGGCGCGACGUGCAUGGUUCUGGUAAUGGUAAGUGAUUAUAGCACCGACAGAAUUCGUCAUAGGA